AUGCUCCAAGGUGAAGAACAGUCAAGGCUUCGAGCGGAGGAAAGGUGGGUGAACUCCAUCUUCAAACCCAUGUCCAAGAUCUCACCAGAGGAGGACAUUUGUGGCAAAGAGGAGGAGGAGGAGGAAGAGGAGGAAGAAACAGGGAACAAGACACUCCUCCAAGUGCCCAGGCGGGAGUCGGUGUGGGGGCUGGUGGCCUGGCCCAAAUCCUCCAGAGAGCAGGCCCUGUGGUGGGAAGAUGUGUAUUUCUCCCUGCCCCCCCUCCCUGGGCCCUGCCUCGGUGACUGCAGCCUGAGUACCAAGGCCAUGCUCCACUCCCGGCCCACCCCAGUCUCCCGCUCCACCCCUCAAACCUUCCCCUCCUUGUCAUCUAAGGAGGGGCCCACUUCUUUGGGGGACCAGCCUCAGAUGGAGCCUCAGUCGGCUUCCCACAUGAAGAUCCCCAAAAUAGGACCGAGGCUUCCUCCCAAGACCAGGCCCCAGGCCUUCCCUAAGGGAUCCAGCGCCCCCCAGGCCCUGCGACAGUUGGCCCCAAUGGCAGUUUGGCCUUCAUUUAUUAUCAAAACACCUGCCAAGAGCUCGCCUCUCAAAGGUCAACAUGCACCCUCUGCCAGGAAGGCCUCGCACUCCCCGGGUGCACAUGACAACCCCUUACCCUACUUUUCUUCAAAAUAA